GAAACAGGAAGAGAGGCGGCGUUUGAGUUCCUUCCGUCCCGGACUUGGUAUUUUCCUGUUCAGCAACUCAUCACCUUCUGUUGCCAUUCCCGCAAUGUGGCACAAGGACGGGCGGGUCCUGGUCGCUAUCUCCUGGGAUUUAACGAUGCCUCCUGUAAACCUGAGCACGGUGCAUGUGCAGGAUGUGUCCGGAGACGAGUGCCGUCCAAGCGCCGUGUCUGCACACACUGUGCUCUUCCAGUUGGCUCUCGCCGUGUGGCACCACUCAGCGGAUGGCGGCUAUCGGGGCUGGUACGUCGCAUGUGACUACCCGAUUAUGAGUGUGCUGUGGGACCCCGUGUUUGUGGAGGUCCAUGUCCUCAACCGCAACGACCCGUCCCUUCUGUUGGUUCUCAAUGACUGCUGGGCAACCCCCGGGCCCGAGCUAUAUUCGGGGCAUCGCCGGGACCACCCGGUGGACAGGUGAUGCCCGUUUGCCGGUGACAACUACAAACCUUUCCUGGUCCCGGUGGGCAGCAUUUCCCAUCUGCGUUUCCCAACGCACCAUGAGCGGUUUGUACUCAGCACUUUUGUUUUCUGCGACAGAAUGUCGGCCAAGGCCUCUGAGCAGGAAGAAAGACGAAGCGCCGAGGAGCGGCCUGGCACAUUGGUGACGGCCUCUGGGCCCAUCAUUCUGCCGGAAGAGGAACGCUUGUCUGUCGGACUCCACCAGCGAGAGGAAGGUGAAGCAGAUGCUGCUGACGAUUUUCCGUCCCGUGUCCUUCCUGGAGUGGCGGCCGAAGCGGCGCUCUUCUCGGUGGCCCUUUUAGUCGACGCCGUGGCUUUGUGGGGGUUUGCAAUAGAGCAACGUCUGCCGGCUGCCGCCAUCUACACCCCGGCCCCGCCGGCAUCACACAAUCCUGUUGAUGUCCGCCUCCUGGUCUUCAGAGCUUCAGAUUUUCUCUCAUUUGUCUCGGAUCCCUGA